AUGGAUGAUGAGGUGAACACCGAGUGCCCGGUGUGUUUUGAGAGUUUUUCGGAAGCGGCUCGCACGCUGAGUUGUGGACAUGCGUUUUGUCAUGACUGUCUGGUCGGGAUAUUUGUGAGCUCUAACCGUGAAGGAUCUCUCAUCAGGGACAGCAUUAUCUGCCCCGUGUGCAGGCACGUCACCUUCGUCAACAAACUGCACGGACUGGUAAAGAAAAAGGACAAACAUGCGAAGAUUUUGGAAGUCCCGACGACAUUCGCCUGGCGUCCAGCUAUUUCGAGGACCGGUGGAGAUCAGUCCAAUAGAAUCGGGCGCAAUCUAAGAUGGAUUUUAUCCAAACUGCGGCGACAGAGGCUGGUGUGCCCUAAAGAGUCUCUACAGGUGUUCAUCAUUAGUGAUUUGGGACGCCCUAUAGCAGAUGAGGACAUUAUUGAUGUAGGUUCACACGCUGUGAUGAACGAGAAUGGACCUGAUCGUAGGUGGACGGUUCGCUUAACAACGCACUGCCUGGUCUUCCUUCUGAUAGCAUUUACUUUACUGGCAUUAGUAGCUGCAACACUGCCUUGGUUAUUUCUGGCUUGA